AUCGCUUCAACCUUGACCACGUUUCCUCAUUGCUCGACAAACAACUUUUCACACGAUCUACAUAGAGCUACGCCAUUGACUGAGGUUUGUAUCUCUUCCUAAUGACACUAACAUCGUUUCGCAAGGAGACACUGUUAAGGGAACGCAAGUUGCAAUAUCGGAUUAUCUCUUGCCUCUGGUAUUCGGGGUCUAGGGGUGUGCGGGGGACCCGCAGAUGUUCUCAAGCAAGGUGUAAGAUCCACUAGUAUAGAAGCUUUUUGCAGAGACAUUCCAUUGGCGGACACUAUUGGAAUCGUAACAAUAAACAUACGACAGCAAUUACCUAAAAUGGAUAGGUCGGGAAAGCCCGUUUAUGUUUUCUGCGCGAGAAGCUGUUGCUGUUCCAAGGUUAGGCGUUCUGUCAUAGAGCGAUUGCCCGAAUUCUGCAGUCUAUAUGUGUUCGUGACACUGGCGCCGCCUACUCCCCCCCCGACCGAGCUGUCACCGAGACUUCUUACAGCAAUAGCUAGAGGCGAUUUUAUAGCGGCGAGAGAUAUUUGCUUCAUCAUUAUGCAACGUUGGGAUCUCGUCGACCCCUUGCUUACCUCGUUUCCUUCUCUGCCGCUAUGCAGUCAGCUGUGCUACUUGGUUCAGUGUUAAUAUUCUGCGUUUGGGCCUUCCACCGUUUUCAAAAGGCUGGUUCCAGAGAGCCUGGCCUCCCCCCUGGACCUCCGACACUUCCUCUCAUCGGCAACCUUCACAUCUUUCCGAGUACUCGAGCACAUCUGAAGUUCACGGAAUGGGCCAAGGUCUACGGCGAAAUAUACUCUUUGAAGAUUGGCACUGGCACUGCUGUCGUUUUGUCCAGUCCCAAGGCGGUGCGGGAAUUACUCGAUUUGCGCGGAGCUACUACAUCUGAUCGACCACCGAUCCAUGCUAUUGAGCUCGUUUCAAGGGGCUAUGAACUACCCCUCUCAAGAUAUGGGCCUCUGUGGAGAACCUUACGGCGCGCAGCACACGAUAUGCUCACCAAGGAGGCAUGCAUGCAACAUCUGCCCAUUCAACGUGCAGAAGCCUGUCAAGUGAUGUAUGACUUUCUAGAGCAUCCUGAACAAUUCUACACACACAUCCAUCGUUAUACAACAUCAGUUGUCCUCUCUGUUAUCUUCGGUAUCCAUUGUCAGAAAUACGAAAACACUUUCGUCGAAGACUUCUACGACUCACAACGUCAGUUCGAACGCCUGCUUCGACCUGGCGGCAUGCCUCCAGUCGAUGUCUUUCCCAUAUUGAAGCACAUCCCCGAGAUAUUGGCUCCGUGGAAGACACUUUGCAGGGACAUCCGACACCGUCAACGGAAACUUUUCUUCGGUCUUGUCGAUGUCUGCGUCGAACGAAUCAAGCACGGAAAACGGAACGAGUGCUUCAUGGAAUAUCUUCUCGAUAAUCAGGAGCGUUAUAAUCUAGAUCACGAGAUGUUGGGUUACGUUGGCGGAUCACUGCUGGAAGCCGGCUCGGAUACCUCUGCCGUUUUCUUGCAGUUUUUCAUCGCAUGUAUGGUUGCACGUCCAGACAUCCAAGCCCGUGCUCAGCAGGAGAUCGAUGCCGUAGUCGGAUUCAAGCGGAUUCCGGAGUUGGAGGACUUCGAGAGUUUGCCGUUCUUAAAUGCCAUUCUUAACGAGGUUCACCGUUUCCGUCCGAUCACGCCUACUGGUCUACCGCAUGCAACCACUGAAGAUGAAAGGGUAGGGGAGUAUGUUAUACCGAAGGGAACUACACUGUUCCUAAACUUAUGGGGGAUCUUCCAGAAUGAGGAAUACUAUGAACGUCCGGGUGAAUUCGAUCCCGAUCGUUUUCUUCGCUCAGAGUUUGGAACAAAGUCUGGCGCUGAUCUUACAGGGAUGAGAAACGACCUCAUUUUCGGUGCAGGCAGGCGUAUUUGUCCAGGAAUGCAUCUUGCCGGAAAUUCUAUUGCAUUGAACACAAUGAAUUUCCUCUGGGCUUUCAAUCUCACGCCGGCGAAAGAUUCCAAAACCGGAGAAGUGAUUCCUGUUGAUCUCAAUGAAACGACAGACGGCAUUCUGUUGAUCCCAAAGCCGUUCAAGUGCGGAAUUCAACCGCGAUCUGAAGCAAAGGCAGAGAUGAUACGAGCCCAAUUCAAGGCUGCCCACUCUGUGUUUGAACUGUUUGAACAAGAUGUCUCAAUUUCCGCAAAAUGAAGCGGCUUCUGAAUUGCUAGGAAUAACAUGCUUUUGUCUAUAGCCUCUGCAUGACUAUGUCCCAAUCGUGGUGCGUUCUCAGUCGGCGAGCUGAAUAGAUAUACUAGACUAGUUCCCGGCCUCGUUUGAAGCAAUGGUGUCUGUUAUAACAAGUGAGUACAACUGUAAUAUAUUACUCGCUAAGCGACUACAUCUUUCACUCCUCAAGCAUUUUCCUCCUUUCACAGCUAGUAUUAUGGUCAUCAUGAAGGUAGACGGCUGAACCUUGACUGCUGAUGUCUAAUUUACUCGCAGUGAACGUCAAUGUUUCGCUAUUGUUGAACAUGUACAGCGGCCCCGUCGCAUCUGAAAUGAGAAG